CGAAAAUUUUGAAUUUCCACCAUCGCAUCGCCAAAGCAAACAAGCAAACACCACACACACACAAGCAAACACCACACACACACACAAGCAAACACCACACACACACACAUAUCAACACCAUCCAAUCACCCAUCCAUCACCACAAGCAAGCCAGCAAGCGACAAUGUCGUUGACACCAACGAGAUCCACAGGCGACACCCCUACCAGCACCAACAACAACACCACCACCAACAGCAACAACGUCUCCACCAUGUCCUUCGAUUAUGACGGCUUCCAGUGCCGUGAGUUCAGCUUCUCCACAGCCAACGCCAUCAACCUGGACGACAGCGAUGCGUUCUUCGCCAACCACAAAGACUCCAUGGCGCCCACCGAGCUUGGCCGCCAAAGUGGGGCAGUUGAAAACGACGACUCCAUUCUGAACAUCAGCGCCGAGGUGGAGCUGGACGACACCAUCAUGGGCCCAACCACUGCAAACACAAGCACCACAGCCGCAGACACGCCCAUCGCAUCGACACCAACAACCAAGCUCAUCAACUUGGAGAGCACAGGGGUCAUGACCCCGGUCAACGACACAAGCGACAUCCCGGACCCGUUCCUCACGCCCGUCGCCAAGCCUAACGAGCAGCAGGAGACACAGGCAGAGGAGGAGCAACAGGAACAGCCGCAAGCUGUGGAAGCCGUUGCCGACGCACAAGCCGAGGCCGAUGAGAACAAGGAGAACCAAACGCCUGCCGAGCCAAAGCCACGCUUCAUCAACCUUAAGACCAGCUGGGGCCCUUCGACUGCUUCUGCAGCCUCGAAGGCAACCUCCAAGCCAUCCAAGAGCCGUCGCAGCAGUGGCAGCAACAGCCAGGCCCUCAAGGGCUUCAAGAGCAACGCUGCAAAGCCACAAAGGAAGAAGAGUGUGCGCGUAAAGGCAGCCAACUUUGUCAAGAAGAUGGCUGGCAUCAAGGCGCGCAGCAGUGGAAAGGGUCAGACGAAAGCAGGAAAGAACGCCGUCAAGAAGGCCCUUGCCAAGUCCAAGAAGAGCAAGAACAUGGCGCAGUUUGUGCCGUUGCGCUCCAAGAAGACGUGCACGGCUGCCCGCGAGCCAUCAGCGUCGCUCACGCGCGUGCCCGAACACAAGACAUACGAUGGCUACGUGAGCGUGGCAGAGAACCUGGUCAAGUUCUUCACCGAUAUUCCACAACGCUUCCUCUCUGGCGAAAAGUCGGCAAAGAAGCAAAAGCCAACAGCUCCCCGCACCCACAAGACCACUGAGGAGCUGCAAAUGGAACAGGCGCGCAUGGAGAAGGAAAAGUUGAUGGCCGAGCACAAGCGGUUCCUGGAACUCCACCCAGAGCUGGCAAUGAGCAACGGCGGCGGCUUCCAGAAGCGUUCAGCGUAUGUGCCGACAGACCCGUGUGAGCUCGACCCAAACCUCCCAUACGAGGAGGCCGUGGCAAAGCAGGCGGAGGCCCUUCGCAUGCGCGCUGAGGCAGAGCGCCAGGAGCGCAACAAGCAGAUGCAACAGGGCCUGCAGCGCGUGCUCGAGAGCACUGAGGGUGAGCUUGGCAUUUGCCGCAAGGAAGUGAAGCAGCCCACAGAGCCCACCACACCAGAGUUCCUUCGCCGUGCCCUGAUGAACAAGGAGCGCAAAGACAAGCAGCGGCUUACGGAGAAGCAGGAGGCAGAGUUGAUGGAGAAGAUGCAGCGCCGCUUCAAGGCAAACGGUGUUCCCGUGUUUGUGACAAAGACCAAACCCGCCAAACGCGCCAAGCGUGUUGAGAGCACGACCAUGGAACCGCGCAAGUUCAAGUCGCGCCCCUUUAAGAAGCCGCCAACACCCAAGAUGGAGCGCAAGCACAAGGCAACGCAGCCCGAGCCCUUCUCUCGCGCCACGCUGUACCAGAACCCAAAGGAGAAGAAGGAGCACCUGAAGGAGCAGCUUGAACGCGAGGAGCAGGAGAAGUUGAAGCAGCACCGCGAGUUCAAGGCACGUCCCUUCACGGCUCCAAAGGCGCCAUCCAUUGCGCGCCCACGCCGCAAGGUGAAGCCCGACCCCUUCCGUCGUGACACCCUCUACCGCGACCCACGCGAGAAGGUGGAUGCGCUGGCCCAGCAACUUGCACAGGAGCAAGCGCCGCAGCCGUUCAAGGCGCGUGGCAUGCCCGUCUACCCGGAGUUCAAAGUCGAGCGUCCGCAGACGAUGGUCGUUGCCGAACCGUUUGAGCUGGAGAGCGUGCGCCGUGCACAGGAGCACCGCCGGCAGCUGGAGGAGCAGCAACAGCAGCGCGAGAUGGAGGAAGAGGCGGAGCGGCGUAAGCGCAACAAGAAGAAGCCCCUCGGCGAGCUCACCAACAACCCCAACUUUGACCCGCAGCACGCCGUUCUCAAGAAGGAAAUGAGCAUCCAGCGCGCCAAGGAGAAGAUGGCUGCAGACAAGCUUGCCAAGGAAGAGAGCGAGCAGAUGCGCCAGCAGCAAUUGGAGGAGGAGCGUAAGGAAUACCGCAAGAUGCUCAACAAGCUUUCAUUCCGUCGCGACAUGCCCAUCUUCCCGUCACCCAAGUCGCUCCGCAGCGAGGCGCCGCUCGUGGAGCCGGAGACACCCGAUGUUGCCCGUCCCCUCAACCGCCGUCACAGGCAGCCGGCGCUCCCGGCGUACCUCCGCAAGUGAACGUGCUUCAUCCCCUCCCCCCUCAUCUCUCAUUCGCCAUCAACCUGGUGUGCAGUGCCGAAUCACGUUGUUCUUUUGCAGUGGCGUGCGCAUCGUUUGUUGCUUGGUGACACCUGCCUGCAUCUUUUGUUGUGCGUGUGCGUGUGUGUGUGUGCGUGUGUGUGUGUGUGUGCGUGUGUGCGUGUGCCAGACAAUUUCAGAAAUGAACGAUUGCUGCUUUGUCGCUUUCCUUUGUUCGCCCCUCGCUUGCCAAUGCUUCCCUUGCUUCCUGUCUCAUAACACAUUCAAGUAAUCGCCAACAACCAUUGACGACAAGUAUGUGUGCGUGUGCUGAGGUAGAGUGUGAACUAAACUGGUUUCAC